GGCUGGAUAGGGCUGAGCCAAGUUGCGAGCCAAGUCGGACAGAGACCGGGCCCACUCUGUCUUUCCCCCCACCAGCAGGGUGGUCGUGAUGACGGUGGUCGCACAGGGCCGGUGGUGAGUGGAAAAUUCCGUCGACCGUUCAUCCCAGCUGCCCGUUAAGUAUCGCCAACCUCCUAGUACCACUGGAUCUUAUCUGAUGGAAAAUAUCUGAUCGAUCUGAUAAUCUUGCCCUUCCGCGCACUUGUACUAUCAUUUCGCGGCAAUUGAUUCCCACUCCGUUUGGGCUCGAGUCUGGUCGCUCACCCCCUUUUCUCUUUCUUUGCCUCGCAAUGGCCACCGACAUCAAGGGCGCGGACAAGGAAGAUGUCUACGCCGUGAAUAAUGAGGACAAAGCCGAAGUGUCAUCACAAACCGAGGUGCUGCGAGCUGCUGGCAUUGGCAUCUUCGAGGAUGACCCGACGGAGCCGGUCCUGACCCUGCGCAUGUGGGUGCUUGGCAUCGGCUUCUGCAUUGUUGCCAGUGGGCUCAACACCCUGUACACCCUCCGCAACCCAUCUAUUACAAUCUCCGCCACCGUCGUUCUCCUCCUCGCAUACCCGUUAGGCAAGCUGUGGGAAAAGGCCAUCCCCGCUUGGAAUGUGCCUCUGGGAGCAUGGAGUUUCAACUUGAAUCCAGGACCGUUCAGUCAGAAGGAACAUGUCUUGAUCUAUAUGAUGUCCAACCUGAGCAUUUACGUCCGCCUGGGCGCGGAUGUUCUGACCGAACAGCAAAAGUUCUACGGAUACAGUGCAGGCUGGGGAUUUCAGAUCCUCAUCACCUUGGGAACAUUCUUCAUUGGGUUCUGUCUCGCUGGCUUUUACCGUGCUCUAGUGGUAGAGCCUCGCGAGCUCGUCUGGCCGGGUGUUCUGAGCUGCACUGCACUGACGACUACCUUGCACCAAAUAGGCCAAAGGGAUGUUCAAGGACUAAACGAAACAUGGAAGAUCUCACGUUACGGCUUCUUCAGUCUCGCUUUCUGUAUCUCCUUCUGCUGGUACUGGUUCCCAGACUUUAUCUUUCCGGCAUUGAGUUAUUUCACUUUUCCCUGCUGGAUCAGUCCUAAAAACGUGGUUGUCAACCAGCUAUUUGGCAUGGAGAGUGGCAUGGGGUUAUUGCCUAUCACCUUUGACUGGAGUCAAAUCUCGUACGUUGGGUCACCGCUGUUGAUCCCUUCCUGGGCGAUUAUCAAUGUUUUCGCUGGAUUGGCCUUUUGGAUCUGGAUUGUAGCGGUCGCAUGCUACUAUACAAACAUCUGGUACUCCGGCCACCUUCCAUUCCAAAGUUCCUCAGUGUAUGACAAUACUGGCGCCGUGUACAAAGCAUCCAAGGUCGUUAGUGCGGCCACUGGAUACAAAUUGGAUCUCGCGAAAUACAAAGCUUAUUCGCCUGUGUACGCUCCCGUCACCUACGCCCUGAAUAUGUUUGGACUGUCCUUUGCGACGCUGAGCUCACUUCUUGUGUGGACCCUCCUCGAGAAGCGAGAUGUUUUGGCCGCUGCUGCGCGGAGAAUUCCUGGACUACUUCGUCGAUCCUUCUCCGACGAGCAGGAAGAACCGGAAAAAGCCGGUGGGCAUCCUGGAGUCCCUACCUGGUGGUACCUCAUCACUGCUAUCGUUGCGUUAUUUACGACUAUCUUUGCUGUCGAAUACUGGCGUGUUGAACUGCAUUGGUAUGGCGUGCUCCUGGCCUGUGCUGUUGCCAUGGUGUUCUACGGACCGUUGGCGCUGGUGUACGCCACCUCGAACCUGAAGAUCAACAUUGAUAUCCUGUGCCGCAUCAUCGCUGGGUUCGUCUUUGAGAACCGCGUCCUGGCCAACAUCUGGUUCUUCGACAUUGGCUACAUCACCACCAUCAAGGGUCUUUACUUUGCCCAGGACAUGAAACUGGGGGAUUACUGUCACGUGCCCCCCCGCAAAGUCUUCCUGGUGCAAGUAGUUGGCAUGAUCGCAGGCACGCUCAGCUCGGUCUGCGUUCUAAAUUGGGGCCUCGGCCACAUCGAAGGGAUUUGCACGACGACGGGCACCAAUGGGUUUACCUGCCCUUAUUCACGCACCCACUUCAACACCAGCUUGAUUUGGGGCGCCAUUGGCCCUCGCAAUUUCUUCAACAACGGCAUCGGCUACAAUUCCCUCCUGUAUUUCUUCAUCAUGGGCGCGAUACUCCCAAUCCCGGUGUACUACCUGCAACGUCGCUAUCCCAACUCCCUGUGGCGGCGGGUCCACGUGCCUCUGUUCCUGGGCGGGUUAAACUACUUGCCACCGGCGACGGGCACCAGCUACGGCAGCUGGGCGAUUGUGGGUUUGACGUUCGGGGUCCUCAUCCGCAAGCGCCUGUACCAGUGGUGGUAUAAGUAUAACUUCGUACUCAGCUCGGCGCUGGACUCUUCUGUGUCGAUUGCAGGUGUGGUGAUCUUCUUCGCUAUCUUCUAUAGCGGGGCGUCGUCGCACUUUAGUUGGUGGGGCACGGAGGUGUACAAAGAUACGUGUGAUUAUAAGGGGUGCUCCUAUUUGCCUCUCCCUGCGAGUGGAAAAUUUGGGAUUUAAACUGCUGAGAAGGGGAAGUGGGAUUGGAUUUGUUCGAUGACAUUUAGUGAAGUUGUGUAUAUAUCUACUAGACCAUAAUGGUGUCACU